AUGGAAGAUGGCGGGGAUGGCGGCGGUGCUGAACGUUUGAAGGAUGAGCUCCCCGGGAUGAGCGAGCUCGACGAGGUACAGAGCGCGCCGGACGCGCUCCAGCCAUCAAUCCUCUCGCCAUCCUCGACACGACGGAGCUUGGCGCGGAGGGCCGGAGAUCGAGAGGCGGUGAAUCAGCUGCGCCGGCGCGCGGUAAACUCCUCGGACUAG